CUUUUGUUGUCCAAUUUCUCGCAUGACUUCUCACUUCGACAAUCCUCGUAUUUUCUUCCACUUUACUUUUGCCCGAUAUCAACCUGUACCACCCGAGUGACCACGGUUGUCUCCCUCGUGAAUUGGCUAUCUCUAUUGCUUGUUCUUCGCCUGGCUUCGAUUAUUGAAAUCUACCUCUGCCCCUACUUGGUCAAAUGGAUCUCUCCUCGCUUGAAGGCCCUCCCAUCGCGGAUUCUCGUUUCACUGUCUCGCUGGAGAGUUCGAAGGAAUACAUGACUGUACCACGUAUUCACCUCGAUACCGGGCUAGCUAGCGCACUUCCUCAUCGGCCUGCCUCUGCAUGCGACUCUCCCAGGUCAAAGUCGGAUUAUUGUUCAUAUGUAAUCCCACAGCGGCAAGAAUCCAGUCUCUGCCACCACUGUCAUGUCAGGAUACACUCAGCUGCGAGCCUGAGCACAUCGAGUCCUUGUGGAACAAGGCCAUCAUCAUCACCAUAUUCGACUCUCAACCUGCCUCCUCCACCACCUUCUUCAUCGUUUGCUUAUUCUCCUUGGGCAUCACGGAGUAGGAGCAUGACAGACCUCACUCUGCAGCCCACCUACGUCUCCAGCCAAUGCCCUCGUGAAUCUCCCGCGCAGCAUGCCAAUCAGCUGGUCUGGGUUGAGUCAGAAGAAUUAUGGGUCCUCAAGCCUCCGUCGCCUUCAUCGUCCGCACCGUACCUUUCCCCUUUGGCUCCUCGGCCGAUGCAAAGUGCGACUCGCAGAAGUACACACCCUGCUUCUCCAUCAGCCUUUGAUGGCUACGCUUCAGACUCGGAUUACUCCGACCAACCCCCGCCCUAUGAGCACCACAUCUACGAUCAACCGUUCGUGCCACUUCCAGAUCGAGUCAGGGAAGACGGCAGUAGCCGGAGAUCUCGCUGAUCUCGCGUUGGCUUGAGUGAAAGCCUUGUUGGAGAAGGAAGCUGUGAUUUCUUGGUUCUUUUGUCUGUACCUUUCUUGGCUUUGCUCAGUUUGGCUAUGUUUGCUGCAUCUGAAAGCGAUGAUACCCAACAUGUCUUUUUGGCUCUGUCUUUUUUUAUCUAUCUCAGCUACUUAUAUUUUACUUCUAAUGACUUGGACUAUUUUUGCGAUCGUAACACUUCUCACAU